UUUGAAUUAUCGACUUAAGCUUGGUAACCAGGCUUUUGCGACAACUGCUGAUUUAGCACUGCUGACCCAUAAAGAAUGUUAUUGACUUUCGAAGAAAGGCACGGAAGGAGGGAAAGAUUUUUAAAACGAGGUAAAUAUCCCUGAACUUUAACUUCUCCUCCGAAAAUGAAGCCUUCUGAGACUAAACUAAGAGGUUAAUUUUGUAGUUUGCAGAUUAAGUGCUUAAGAUACAAGAUAAGGACCUGAGAAACUUUGCAAGAUUCGAAUUCUGUCAGUCGCGGGUUUGUUGAUAGCUUCAGUGAUUAACCCCAGUUCGCUGAAAAUGUAAGAUCUGACAUUUGAAAAUAGUUAAUCGUUAUUAUUCUAUUAACCAAUAUCAACAUAUUGGGUCAGCAGAAAAUAGUAAUGAUUAUUUAAAACUCAAUUUGAAAGCAGGGUCCUCUGAUGUAGCUCAAAAUGUAGUUUUGUGCCCUAUCAAAUGAUUUUUUAAUCGUACCUUUAGUUUUCAUUAUUUUGUUCAUGAGAGGAAAUUAUUUUUCAUUCAAAUCUCCCUCCAUUCUUAGGCAGAUUUUGGAUUAAGGAGGAAAAGUAAACACAAUGGGUUCUAUUCUUGGAGGAGCUAUGAAAGAGACCAUGGAUGAAAACAUGAAGAAGAAUCAGGAAUUUAUGUUGAAAACUCAACAAAUACAGGUAAUUUAGCUGCAGAGGGUAGCUCUGUGUGAGACUGAAACUUGGAAAUGAAAUUGAAUUUGAAACCAUCACCAGUGAUAUCAUGGUUGAAUAUAAGAGCCAGAAGCUUUUACAAAUUACUGUUAAAACCAGGGUAUAAGCCACACCUUUUUCCCAAAUUUGAGUUGUCAAACAGAAGGUGAAGCUUAUCUGCAAAUGCUGCUUAUACACCAAUGUUUAUGAUUCUUUGCAGGAUUUCGCUGGUUAUUUAAGUCAUCAAAUGAAGAUGUACAAUGACUGAGAUUUUGAAUAACAGUAGGACUGUUACAGAUACUCAACCCUUUAACCCCUAAGAGUGACUAGCAUCUAAUUUCUCCCAACAAUAUCACCCCUAAAUCAUGCAGUAAGGUCAUGAGAAUAAAGAAAAUUAUCAGCAGCUAAAGAAGUUAUUGAUUGUGACACAAAUUCUCCUUGUCAGCACCCUAGGGAAUGUAUAGAGAACAGUAUGGAGAAUAACUUUACUGAUGUUAGGGUGUAAAGGGUUAAAAGUUUCUUGUUUUGGUAACACUUCUAUUUUUUUCAGCUGGGAAGGCAGCUUCAAAUGCAGAAUGCUAUGAGAGAAAGACAAAUGUCCAUGCAACUGGCUGGAGCAAGAGAAAUGUUUAACUGGUUAGCUACAUUCUAUGGAAUUGCAACAAUUGGCAUGUUUGCUGGGUAAGUGUUCCAUAAUGCACAGCUGUUCAUACAAAGUUUUCCUACUAGAAAGGUUGUGGAACAACAAAAAAACUUGAACUUGGAUCAAGAAGAUGUAAAAAAAGAAAAAGUCCUUAAUCAUUGUGUGUUUAUUAUGGUGUCAUUUUCAUAUGAUCACAUUUGUCCUCUUUUACUUUUUUUGCAUAGGUUUAUGAAAUCCAAAAAGCCAGCUGUUUUAAUUCCCUUUCUUCCACUAUCCUUUGUUGUUGGUUAUCAGGCUGAUUAUGUUCAUGGAAGCAAAGUCAGCAGAAUCAGAGGUUAGUGCAAAGGUUUGGUUGAAAGUAAGAAUAGUUACCAUCAAAAGAUCUGGUUUAUAAUAAAGUAGCCUUGAGGCAGUCUUGUCCAUUUUCUUUAGUUGAGUGGUAGUCAUGCAAAUAUAUAUGCCCUCCAUGUCUCUUACCUUACUCAUGCUCUCCUCUCCUAAUGUCAAAAGAUCUGCCUUAUUAUAAAGUAGCCUGCGUAGUAGAGUCUCAUUAUUUUAGUUACUAGAGUUAUGUGAAUGUGAGGGAUGGUCACACUAUUAGCCUAAGGGAACAGUGUCAAUUUAUUGUAAUUGAGCUCCCUAAGGGCAUAAAAAAACCUUGUGGUUUUGGUUGACAGUAUUUUUGAAAAGAAACUGUGUUGUACAAACCUGAGGAGUUAGUGGAGCCAACCCAUGCUCAUCUGUGGAAUAGAGGCUUUGAAAUCUGGUUGAAUCUGCUUUCUGUGGUUUCCUACAAGACCCACUGUUACACCUACUUAGCAGUCUUGUCCAUUUCCUUUAGCUGGGCAGUAGUCAGGUAUUUCAGGUGUAUGCCCUUGCUUAACCCAAUUGUUGGGGAGACUCAUUCCUUUGUCAUGCUCUCCUCACUUAGCCGAAAGAAAAUGAAGCACUGUACCAUGUAUUUGCAGGUUGGAAACUCAGUUGAGUAACUGAAUGUCAUAGGGACUUAACAUAAAGAGAAAUGUUUUUAGAGAUGGCUUGUUUCAUCCCUGGAAGGUGGCCUCAUUUCAUUUUAUAGCUGGUGAAGAUACAUUGCAUAGUGCAGAGACCUAGAAGUGUUUUAGUCUCUGGUUUAUUCAUAUGAACUUACUUGUCAGGAUUUAUUGAUUUUUUUUUUUACUUUUCGCUUUUGCUUUUUUGCAGAGGAGGCAGAACGUAUCAUGAAAGAAGAAUAUUCAAUUCUUCAACUUCCUGCUGGGAUGCCUGAUUUCAAAUCAAUUGAAGAAGCUCGUCUAAAGGCUGAAGGAAAGUCAUCUUGAACUUUUCUAGUCAUCUGGAACUUUUCUAGUCAUCUGAGAAGCUUGUAUUACAUAAAAGACACACCUAUGCAAUCUAUAAUCUCUACUAUACCUAAGUUAACAUCAUUAUAAAACCCAUACGCUUUCAUAAACAUUUUGAAUUUAUUAUUUUGAGAGUAUAUUGCUUCAAGGGCUAAUGCUUGAAAUGUCAGCCUUUAAACUCUUUACUGUGGCCAAUUUACAUCGUCAACUGAGUUGAUAACACUACAUUACCCUGUUACACUCUCCCACUGACACAGCACCAUAGUUUCUUUAGAAACUCACCCCCUUUAUUGUUGUUUUAUAGUCUCCAAAAAGCUGUAUAUUGCAUGCUUCUCAUUACUCUGUAGGGUUUGAGUAAUGAAAGGAUUACUCUCUGUGACAUUUCCCACGAACUUUUAGAUGUUUCCCAUGAGUAACCAUUGAGAGAAAAUGAAAAAGGAAAAGAUCAUGUGCUGCAGGCAUAUGUUUAUUUUCUGGUCUCUAAAAUAUUGUUUACUCAUCUCUAUGACUUUCUAUGGCACCCCACUCAAAGUCCAUGAUUUGUCAGGUCUGGAAAAUAACGUUUUGGAAUUUUAUGACUUUCCAAGUGUUCCAUGACCUAUGCAAACCCAGUAACUGUGAACAAAUUACUUACCAAAAGAGGUGAGGCUUUUUUAGCAUGAUUAUUUUGUUCUGAAAGUAUACAUGUAUGUAAGGCUCAUAUGUGUCAAAAUUUUACUAAUAUUAGACAACUUAGGCCCAGAAUUUUGUCAGUGGUGUACAUGUACCUUGAUCUUAGGGCCAUAAUAUAUAGCACUCUUCCCUUAAAUCAACUGAAAAUCAUAUAUAAAAGAAAAAAAUUCAGAAAUCAUUUGUUUUGUUGAUUGUAUUUUAAUGACAAAAAGGGGGUCAUGGUUCUAAUUAUAGGC